AUAAUUUUUAUUUUUUGUUUGUUCCGAAAAUGAUGUCCAAAAAACAAUGGACCGUUUUAUUGGGUUUAUUUUUAAUUUAUUUAUUAAUGGGUGCUGGUUUCUUUUAUGUUAUUGAAAGUGCCGAAGAACAUGCGAAAAUUCUUGAAGAGAAUGCUGAAAAAAUUGAAAUUUAUGACUUGUUAAACAGACAUUAUAAGCCAUCGGGAGAAAUGACUCAUCAAGACAUUUUGAAUAAGAUUUCGGUUUUUUGUGAACGUCCAGUAGAUAACAGUACCGAAUUAAAACAGCCGUUAUGGGAUUUUUACCAUUCAUUCUUUUUUGCUUUCACAGUAGUAAGCACAAUUGGAUAUGGUAAUUUAGCACCCACAACAAUGGUUAGCCGUAUACUAAUGAUAUUCUAUGCGCUAAUAGGCAUUCCAAUCAAUGGUAUAUUACUUGCAACAUUAGGUGAUUUUUUUGCGAAAACGUUUAUCAAAACACAUCAAAAAUGGAAAUCAUAUAAAGUGAAUUAUGAGUCAUGGAAAUUAGGUUUAUGUGGACAAAUUGCAUUGUAUUUAAUACCUGGGUUUUUAUUUUUUAUAUUUAUCCCUGCAUACGUUAUUAUGGUCUUCGAAAAUUGGGAUUAUGAUGUGGCUGUAUAUUAUGCAUUUGUUACCCUCACAACAAUUGGCUUUGGAGAUUUUGUAGCCGGAGUGAAUGAUCAAAAUGUUCCUAAUAACUUUGUGUUUGUAAUGUACGAAGUGUUUCUAAUUGUUUGGAUUGUAUUUGGUCUUGGAUAUCUAGUCAUGGUUUUAGGUUUUAUAACACGUGGACUAAGAUCGAAACAAAUGGCUAAAUUAGAGCAUAAAUUGGCAUGUAAUAUCAGAAAUACACAAUCAAAAAUAUGGAAUGGUUUUACAAGCGACAUGGGUAUUCUAAGAAAAGUUCUAAAUGAAAUUCAUAUGUUACGCUAUAAGCCAGUGUAUCGUGAUGAAUUUAACUAUACACCAACGCUACGAGAGCGAAGUUCCAGUUGUCCAGAUUUAACCUUAUAUCGAGAAGAUUCUAUCAGACAAAAACGCAGGCGAGCAUAUUCAGAAAGUGUGCACUCAUUUGUUGAACAAGAUAUUGGACGUGUUCAAUCUGAUACAGACCUCGAAAGAAUUGAUCGUAAAGCUACAUUCGCAGCUAAUGGAUUACUUCAACCAUGUGAUUUGUUAGCACAAGUAGUAAACGCACUAGGUACAUACCAUUCUGAAGCAGACGUAAAUGAAUCUAGUAACCAACUACAAGGUAUCCAUGGAUUUGCUGACAGUCAAAUAUUAGCCAGUGAAAAAUGGCGUGAUUCUGGCUGGACAAUCGGUGGUGAAAAAAUAACGUCUCAAAAGCAAUUACAUCGAGAAAGAUCAUACAGUGAAUAUACCAUUCCUGUGGAUGAUAAAUUCCAUAAUGGAGUUGAUUGGACUUGGUCAGGACCGUUUGCUACCAAAGAAAUACAAGAAAUACGUAAAAAAACUAAAAAUAAAAUAUUAGAUUCUACUAAAUCAAAGAUAAUUAAUACUCAAGGAAUUAUAGCAAGGAUAAAGAAACCAUUCAUGCGGUCGAAGGAUGAUCAUAGACAAUCCGAUGCUAGUGACAUGACACCAGCUCAAUAUGCUCACAUGACAUCUGAUGGAAUCCACGCUAAACAUAAUCCAUAUUCAACUCAUACUGGUAUCGGCAGUUUAUUCUCAAUGGGCGGUGGUGGAAACGUUUUGGAAGAAACUUCUGUGGGAGAUUUAAUUCGAGCAAUCACAUCUUUAAAUACACAAAUGGAAAAUAACAUGACAGAAGGAUCGACACCUCGUCGGAAAUUAGGAACAGCUAGUUUAACCCCGCCAAAAUUACCAUCAUUACUAACAUUAUUCCCUCCAAAUGUUACACCAGCGUCAAACAAUGGACGAAGAAAUUCUCUAAAACCCUUGCCUAGUGGUAGUCGUCGAAUGUCUUUGCGCCCUCCUAGCACUGGUUCGGCCAGAUCAAGUCGUAGAUUUUCUGUACGGCCUGUAGAAUUACCACCAACACAUACAACAAAUGACAAAUCAACUAAUUUUUUGGCUCCCCCAUCAUUUUAUCAAAAUGAACGGCAGCAGCCAGUAAGGACUUCAUUGCGCAUUCCAGCCGUUGAAAGAGUUCGGAGUCAUUCCUUGUAUCCAACGUCACAAAAUAUGCCUCGACCCAGAUUUCGUCCAGAUUCGUUACGACAUGAAGCCUUAAAUAGAAAUGCAAGAACAAGACAUGACAGUUUGACAGAUAUUAGAAUUGAUAAACCAUAAAACUUAUUUUUCAAACGGUUGUUUAUUUGAUAACUUGAGUAUUUUGGAAUAUUCCAAAUGUUUAUGGCAUAUACGUAGGAAAUAUUCU